AUGACCCAAAAUGGUACCGAUUGCUAUUUUCUGACGAAGGAGUGCUGCAACGAGGAGGUCAUCAAAUUACUCGACGAGCGAUAUGAUAAUUGGCGGACUGGUGACAUCCUAUCAUCGAUUGUCAGCUAUACCGCUUCUCUCAGUGGCAAAUGCAAUACGAAUACGGCGAUAUUGAAAGGAGGCAAGUGCGCUCCAUUGAACUUGAUCUACCAUGUGAUAACCGAAUCCGGUAAAAGCUGUGUGUAUUUGUCAAGAGAUUGUUGCACGGACGCGUCGAUUUUGUAUCUCAACGCAAAAUUCGGCGGAUUCUUUGGAUGGCUCAAUAAAAAUCGAAAACAGCAAGCGGCGAUCGAGGCCGAUUUGAAGCAGCAGAAUUUGUGCAGAACGAAAAUCGCAAGUGAGGCAUUAUUAUUGUAA